UUUAUUUUGUUGCGUGCAUUUUUCUUCCAUUCUGCGCACACGUUGUUUUAAUUGUUGUUUGUGCUUUUAUAUGCGGGCUGCUUCUUUUAUAUGCUAAUCGUGCAGUGCUGACGAAUCUGUGUCACGCACACACCACCGUAUAAUUUUCCUUUGCACUCUUGGCCCUGACACGAAUUUCACUUUUCAAAAUCCUUUCAAUUGCGUCUUUGCUCUUUUGCGUUUUGCCAGCUCAGUUUUUAUACCAAUGGUGGACCUGAGCAACGGCCGGGACAGUUGGACGUGUCCGAACGACCGGCAGCUGGCCCUGCGCGCCAAACUGCAGACGGGUUGGUCCGUGAAGACGCAGUCGCUGCACACGCUGACCAAAAAACCAGAGGCCCUCAACGAGCAGGAGAAGCAGACCAUCCUUGACGUCAUCAAGAGAGCCGAAACCCUGGAGAAAACUGAGCAGCAGAGAAUAGGGCGUUUAGUGCACCACGUGGAGAGUAUGAAGAAAAAUGCGCUGGGCGACGGGUCGAACAAAUGCGUCCUGUGCGGCGACACCUUCGGCUUUCUCGGCCCAACGGCGUCGCUCUGCAAAGACUGCAAAAAGGCCGCGUGCCAGAAGUGCGGCGUCGAAGAAGGAGCCGCCGCCUCGGGGCUUCGCUUCCCCGCCUCGGGCUCCUCCAACUGGCUGUGCAAAAUCUGCGCCGAGACGCGCGAAAUGUGGAAAAAGUCUGGCGCCUGGUUUUUUAAGGGAAUGCCCAAAUAUGAAUUGCCUGAACCUGGAUCACUGAAUGGACGGAUCAGCAAAUUUUUCAGACCAGCUCCGAGUCCUUUGCAAAGAGUUUCGAUCGCUGAGGAUUGCGAAAGCAGCUCAGAAGAGGAACCGCCCGUUCAACCACCACAGCCGCCGCAACCAUCCCCUGUCGUUAGACACGCACCCCUUUCACACGUUCACUCCAUUUCAUCUGUAAACAGCACCAGUCACAUUUCCCGAAGAGAAAGUAGUCUUUCCCACCAGUGGGCUUCCGAGGAGGGCUCCAGCUCGGUGACUUCCUCAGAUCGCGCCGGAAGUGUUUUCUCCGAAGUGGAGGACGACGUCAUAAUUGACGAAGUUUAUUUAGGAAGCAUGCAGUUUUCCGUCACCUUUGAUCCUCAAACAAGCACGCUUCACUGCUGCUUGAUACGAGCCAAAGGUCUCAGGGGAAUGGACGUCAACGGCCUGUGCGACUCUUAUUGCAGAGCUCAGCUGCUUCCAUCAACGUCGGGAAAGGCAAUUACACCGCUUCGGACCAAAACAGUUCACAAAACAAGAGAUCCUGAAUUCAAUGAAACACUCGCCUGGUUCCAUGUAACACCGGCUGAUCAUAUUCGUAAAACACUUCACAUUGUAAUUUAUGACGAGGACAAAUAUGGAGACGAAGCUUUAGGAUCAGCUCGUUUGCAUCUCGCCAGAUUGACGCCGGGCAAAACCAGCCGUUUUAAUGUAUUUUUAGAAAAGCCGUACCCAGACGAGGUUUGUGCAGACGAGGGACCAGGACGAGGGCGCAUUCUGAUCGCCCUAAAUUACGUCACUAAGCGGAAGGCUAUCACGGUGGGAAUAAUCAGGUGCGCUGGUUUGCUAGCCAUGGACUCUAAUGGGACCUCAGAUCCCUUCGUCAAAAUUCAGUUGAAAGAUGAUCCACAUAGACGCAAAUUCAAAACGGCCAUCAAAUGGCGCAAUUUAAAUCCGGAAUUCUGCGAGCACUUCACCUUUGAAAUAAAAAUGGGUGAAUUGUCAAGCAAGACGUUGAUGUUCUCCGUUUGGGACAAGGACCUCGGCAAGUCCGAUGACUACUUAGGUGGACUGGAGCUGGGAUUCACUUCUAAAGGGGACCGCCUACGCCACUGGCUGGAUACAAUUAAGUUCCCAGACAGGAGGCACGAGAGGUGGCACAAUCUUUGUGGACAGAUCAUAGGCGACUGAGCCAAUUUUCGCACCCCCCCCCCCCAACCGAUCUGUUCAAAUUAGCAGAUAAUUUUGUACGCAGGAGUAACUUUCUCGGAAAAGAGACGCCUAGCAGUUCUUUGAAGUUUUCGCCCCAUUUAAGAAAGACUUCUGGACAAUUUACGUGCCAAAUUGACAUUUUUUUCCUUCUCCCUUCUCAGGUAAGUAAAAUUUCUAAAUAGAGGCAUUGUUGCGAAUAAUCUAAAAUGAAAACUGGCUUCUGCUUUAAAACCCAUAUGUGUAAUAUAGCCUGGACCAUUAAAAUGGGCAAUUGAACUAUUCUGUCAAUCAAAAGAUGUCAAUCAAACUCACUACAACGCACGUUCUCUUGGUAUACGGUCUUCAUCUAUAUGCAUUUAAAAAACUCUUUCGCCUUUUUAUAUUUUUUGUUUUAAUGUGAAAACAUACAUAGAGUAGAAAUAAAAAUUAGAUAGCCGAAUCUCUUUUACAAAAACCGCAGUGAUGUGAUGCAAGUAUUAGUUUUUCUUUAGAUUAUAGAUUUGACGAAGUAGAAAAAAGGAUCACUUGCGUCCGAGUUUCCCUGAGAGAAAUUAAGCACUGAGUAUUUUUGGACGAAAUCGAGCUAAUUCUCAAUCAUUGGCCUUGUUCUUGAGUGAAAAAAAAAUCAUUAAAAUUAAAACGUCUCGUGUAACUUAUCAUGUAGGUACUAUUAUACUAUGAAUGUCUAAUCUACUCCACGGCCAACAUGAGCAAAGAAACCCUAUAGUAAAUAAAUAUGUGAACAGCUUAACUCUUAUUUUCUCCUGAGAAUAAUUCUUUUUUUAUCUAAAAUAUAUUCCAAGCUGUUUCUAAUUGAUCUAUAAUUAAUUUUUAUAGUUUGAACAAGUAAUAAAACCUGUUUUGUUUUUUUCACUCUACUUCAAAUAGUUUAUUCUGAGUAUGGUCGCGCGAAUAAUCAUCGGCUUUUUAUCUCCGCGCAAAGCUCUUUACAACUCGUUGCACACAAUCCCUUUGUAAAACCUGCGUUCUGUUUAUAUGUCCGCACACGUCCAUCUGCAGCUUUGUUCUAUUCUCGAUGUAUAUUCGAUCUGCAAACAGCAGCUCUGAAAUAUUUUCCCUUAAAUCUCAAGCAGAGAUCUCCUUUUUGCAUAACAGUUGUUAAUAUGCUCUGGGCCAUUUUUGCACAAGAAACAAAUGUGUUCUUGACACAAAGACUUUGCAAAAUCUUUGUAUGACUUUCUUGGAAUAAAUGUUCUUUGUAUACAAGAUCUUCUUUGUCCAGGAAAAAUUCUUUCCAGCUAUACGAAAAAGAAGAAAAUUUUGCAGGGUGUACUUUUGAAAUUACAAUCUAUAAAAAAAACUAUUGCCUUUCUUAUACCAACAUGUUAAUGUGAUGGAAAAUAAAUUAAAUUAUA